GUUGACGGCAUAGCCCCUCGGAAGGCCCGGAAGCGUAAGCAAGGGCAUCAGCCGGCUCCCCGCACUAUUCGGGCAAAGCCAAGCAAGGAAUUGGAGAUGCAGGAGGAGGCUUUUCAAGGCGACUUCGACUGCGCAAGAGUUGGUGAAGUGCUGGAGGCAGUGGCUGCUGCUGGAAGAUGUUCACAGCUCGAGCUCUACAUCCACGACGCCAUGCUCACCCAUCUGCCCGAAGGUGUUACUCCGGGUGCCAUGACCCUGGAG